UGCGGAGGUUUCCGUAUGCAGUGGUUCACGAACCAACCGCGGUUUCCAAACUGAAACCCCGUCCUUCCUACCGAACUCCUCUUUAUAUCACCGCCCUUCUCUCUCCCACUUCAGUUGGGCGUAUCUUAGCAUCGUGCGCGGGCCAUGGCUUCCAGGUUUCUCGGCAUCACCACCACCACCAAAAACAAAAGGCAAGCUUUUCUCGACGACGACGACGACCUCGCUUCCGUUUCGGACAUGGAAGCUGGCUUCUCAGGGAAAAACGCUCUCUUUUCCACCUCUUCGGGGAGAAACGGUAGGAUCAGCAGCAGCAGCUUCAGGGCCUUUUCUCCUCGCUCUUCUUCUUCUUCUUCUUUGAGGCCUGCUGCUAUCUUCUACGACGCCCGUUGUGAAGAACCCCACCAUUUUCUCCACGCUUGUCAUCUAUGCAAGAAACCCAUCGGAGAAAACAAAGACAUCUUCAUGUACAGAGGAGAUACGCCAUUUUGUAGCGAAGCGUGCCGGCAAGAGCAGAUCGAUAUGGACGAGGCGGAGGAGAAGAACAGGAACCUCUCUAUGAAAGCGUCUUCCAGAAAAGACGCGCAGAAAUCUCCUUCCACGCCUAGCGGAAAACGGAGCUUGCACGUAAGGACUGGAACGGUGGUUGCAGGGUAAAUUUGGAAAAGAAAAAGAAAUUACGGAAAAAGAUAGUAUUUUCACAUUUCCACGUAAAAAUAUAUAUAUAAAAAGACUAGACAAAAAGAGGGGGACGAGCUAGGAAUACAACUGCCUCCCUCCAUGUGAGUAUUUUACCUUUUUUUUUUUUCCCCUUUUUUUUAUAUAAGGGCAAGAAGGUCUUUUUAUCCUCUUCUUCGAAUUAACAAGAGAACUUGCAGUUUUUA